UUCAAAUAUUUAGCUUGGUUGGUUCCCCAAACUUUAUCCACCGAAAUCACAGCUAUACCCAUCGUCCUACAACAAUUUAUUUCCUCUUACAUAUCUCUUUUCUCUUUUCCUCUCUGUUUCAACUUUCCGUCUUUUCCCUCAACCAAAUCAACAUUGCUUCAUAACUUCUCUCAAUUAAUUCUUUUCUACACUAUACAUUACAUUGCUCUUCAUUAUCUCAACAAGGAUGGGUAGAGUUAAACUAAAGAUAAAGAAAUUGGAGAGCACAAGCAACCGCCAUGUGACUUAUUCGAAGCGGAAAAGUGGAAUCUUAAAGAAAGCAAAGGAAUUAUCAAUAUUAUGUGAUAUUGAUAUUCUCCUUCUCAUGUUUUCUCCAACGGGAAAGCCUACCUUGUUACAAGGAGAGCGCGGCAAUAUGGAGGAGAUUAUUGCAAAAUUUGCCCAACUUAGUCCACAAGAAAGGGCCAAAAGAAAAAUGGAAAGUCUCGAAGCACUGAAAAAAACUUUCAGGAAAUUGGAUCAUGAUGUAAAAAUACAAGAUUUCUUGGGUUCAAGCAGUCAAACAAUAGAGGAGUUAACUCAUCAAAUGAGAGUUUUACAAUUUCAGCUCGCAGAAAUACAACAGAGACUGAGCUAUUGGAAUAACAUGGAGAAGAUCAAUAAUUUAGAACAUCUUAGACAAAUGGAAGAUUCACUCAGGGAAUCAAUCAACCGGUUGUGUUUACAAAAGGAAAAUUUAGGGAAGCGACAACUAAUUUCACUUGAAUGCGCUAACCAAUUACCAGAAGGAAUGACUUUACCGUUGAUGAUGGCUGAUCUACAAGAAUCUCAACCCUUGUCUUGGCUUCUAAGUGGUGAUAAUCAUCAAUUGAUGUUACAUAGUGAACCAAAAUAUCUUCCAUUUAGUGAUAAUGGCAAUAAAGAGGUCGAAUGCUCCAAUGACAUUUCACUCACAGGAUAUUCUGGUUAUAUUGGGAAUGGCAAACUUGAGGUUGGGAGCUCUCCACAUGUCACAACUUUGGGUCAGGGAGGUGGUGGUUCCUUGAAUGAGUUAAAUGGAAAUCCUUACAUAAAUGUACAACAUUGUGAGCAAUUUGCAUACCCUCCUCCACCGAAUCUCGAGGAAGCAAAACAUCACCAAACAAUGAAUAGUAAACAAGAUAAUGUAGAUUACCAAGUUAAUAACAAUUAUGAACUUCCUAGAGCACUAUUUGAAAAUGGACACCAGUUAUGGAAUUCUACUUCUGGCUCUUGUGGGAUUGCCAUGUAUAAUGAGAAUGGUUACCAUAGGUAACUGAUUGGUCCAUGCCAGUUUCAUAAAUUGAGAAGGAUGCAGACUUAAAUGGUGUGACCAUUGCUUGCAAAUUAUAUCUGCAAGGACAAGAUCAUGUUGCUUCUCCACCUAUGAAAUCAACAAUACUCCGCAUAGAGAGUUGUCUAUGUUAUUUGUAUAUAUUGUAUGACUUGUAGGAUAUAGUUUGUCCAUAUACAAAAUAUUUUAUUGCAUUGAUUGACUUGUUUAUUGGUAGAUUUGUUGCAUUGGGUUAGUGAUCCAAGUUGUAGAUUUGAAUUUUUGUAGAAAAUGAAGUGUAAUUUACAGUAAGAUUUGAGUUUGAUUGUCUUGGAAAACUAA